AUGUGCCUUCUUGAUUCAAUUGUAGCCGCGGUGGCAUGGGAAGCAGGGAAGCCACUGGUAAUCGAAGAAGUGGAGGUGGCACCACCACACAAGGUGGAAGUUCGUUUGAAGAUCCUCUUCACCUCCCUUUGCCAGACUGAAGUUAUCUUCUGGGAGGCCAGGGUGGGGACAAACACCAUUGUUUCCUCGCAUUUUUUGGCCAUGAAACUGCAGGAGAGCAUAGGUGAGGGUGUGACAGAUCUCCAACCAGGGGACCAUGUCCUCCCCGUGUUCACCGGGGAAUGCAAGGAGUGCCGCCACUGCAAAUCAGAGGAGAGCAACAUGUGUGAGCUUCUCCGUAUAAACACCGAUAGGGGCGUAAUGCUAAGUGAUGGCAAGACAAGGUUCUAUAAAAAUGGGCAGCCUAUAUACCAUUUUCUUGGCACCUCCAAUUUCAGUCAGUACACAGUAGUCCAUGUUGGCUGUGUAUCCAAAAUCAACCCUGCUGCUCCACUUGACAAAGUUUGUGUUCUUCGCUGCCGAGUUUCCACUGGGGCUCGAAUUUCUGGGGCUUCAAGGAUCAUUGGUGUUGAUUUGAGUCCACAUAGAUUCAAUGGAUCCAAGAAAUUUGGUGUUAAUGAGUUUAUGAACCCCAAAGAUUAUGACAAGCCUGUACAAGAGGUGAUUGCUGAGAUGACUGAUGGAGGAGCGGACCGGAGUCUCGAAAGCACUGGAAACAUUGAUGCCAGGAUCUCAGCAUUUGAAUGUGUUCAUGAUGGUUGGGGUGUUGCUGUGCUCGUUGGCGUUGCAAGAAGCAAAGAUGAUGCAUUCAAAACUCAUCCCAUGGACUUUUUGAAUGAGAGGACUCUGAAGGGCACCUUCUUCGGCAACUACAAGACCCGAACCGACCUUCCAUCGGUUGUAGAAAAGUAUAUGAACAAGGAGCUGGAACUGGAGAAAUUCAUCACCCACCAUGUUUCUUUACCAGAGAUCAACAAGGCAUUCGAGUACAUGCUUCGUAGGGAAGGUCUCCGCUGCAUCAUCCAUAUGGAAAAAUUAGAAAAUUUCUGA